AGAGGACUCCGAGCCUCUUGCAUGCAUACAUAAGUACAGUAACUUAGUAAGUAAGUGACGCGUUAUUACUUACAACUCGACUCUCAGCAUCUCACCGACCGUCGGAGCGGCGUCGACCUUCUCCUCCUCCUCCUCCGCUCGAUAGCGAGCAUUGACAUAGCCUUGAUGCUGCCACCUAGAUUUGAAGAGCCUGCUCGGCCUGACCCAGACGGCGCUGUACGCCUCACCGACUCGGACGCAGCGCUCGCACGUCUCUCCGCCGUGCAGAAACACUACCUCGCUGACCCAUUCAUCCGCCAUUUCGUGCCCCGCGCCCACCUGCAGCCCCCCAGACCGCCUCUGAUCAACGUCGGGACGUACGUACGCUCGGAGGGCAUCGACACGCUCGUCGAACGAUGGUUCGCAUUUGCGGAGCAGGAGUGCGUGCAAUGCCAGAUCGUGAGCCUCGGUGCUGGAAGUGACACGCGUUUCUGGAGGAUUUCGACAGGACCGAGGAAGGACCUGUUGAGGGCGUACUUUGAGGUCGACUUUUCCGAGAUCACGAUGAAGAAGGCGAUGGCCAUCCGGAAGAGCAAGGAGCUGAGUGCGGUCCUAGGCAAGCCCGAGGAUAUUUCCGUUGCCAACGGUGGCACCUCCCUGCACGCCCCGAAGUACCACCUUCUCGCAGGCGACCUCCGACAGCCACCGUCAGAACUCCUGGCUUUGCUUGAACCUCACCUGUCUCCUGUGCAUCCAACACUGCUGCUCUUUGAAUGCGUGCUCGUCUACAUGUCCCCGCAAGCCUCAUCGGCGCUCAUCCAGGGCUUCGUCGACCACUUCGACAAUGCAGCGCGCACGCAGGGUGGACAUGGUGUGCUGGGCGGGAUCGUGUACGAGAUGUUUGGGCUCGAGGAUUCCUUCGGCAAAGUGAUGAAGUCUAAUCUGAUGGCACGCAAUGUCUCCCUCCCUGGCGCGGACCCCUACCCAACGCAAGCCUCGCUGCCCACGCGGUUCCUCAAGCAUGGAUUCACCAUGGCGAAGGCCCUGACGCUCCGCGAUAUCCGGCGAUCGUACGUCGACCCAGCCGAACAGGAAAGAAUCUCUCACCUGGAAAUGCUAGACGAGAUCGAGGAGCUGGAGCUCGUGCUCGGACACUACGCGAUCACCUGGGGUACCAAGCUGCCCGGAGGCGCCACUGUUCUGAAGGCUAACUGGGCGGCUUGGGACUUGGAGCCGUACACAAACACGGUUGAAGGCGACGAGUGAAUUGGCGAAGGAAAAUGUAUCUCGAGGGCAUGCAUGAUAUCGUGAUUGCAGAAUUGUGAAGAAU